AUGUACAAACUUGGAAAGAGAACCAGGCCCUCAGAACCCUCUGAGGGAAACAACAAAGUGCAGAUAACGUCAGAGUCUGUAAAAAGAAAUCUGGAUAACAAUGUAAAGAAUAAAGAUAAUGAUACUAAAGAUCAAAAGAAAUCGCAGGAUUUACUUUCCCUCUUCACAAGUUGUAUGACUGCCUUGUCUACUAACAAAAUUUGUAGCAAGAAUGCCUUUGAGGUUGGCAUUAUCGACCAUAUGGAUGACUUGGUGCAACUACAAGGAGAUUCAGAGGAUGAAGACGAGGCAUUUGAAGGCACAAAAAGAGUCAGCUUUACCACCGCUUCUCGUGUAGUUGAGGGAGCAUGUAAAGUUUAUGGCUAUCGUGUCGAGGCUCUUUACGACAAGACGUAUAGUGUUUUAAUGAAUGUGCAUUCCGUGAACAAAACAGAUGCGCCAAAAGCUACCAGGAAGAGUAAAGUUUCAAGGACAGGAACUCUUGCCAGCACAUUGGCCCCGGAAGCAGAGGUCACUUUAAACGAACUUCCAGUGGAUGACAUUUCUCUAGACCCGUACUUUUUAAAAAUUUCUUCCCUAUUUGAUCAAUCUGGAGCCCAGGGUCUCUUACUUAAUAACCUGAUAAUUAAUAAGGAUCUCUCUAUUAACCUUAAAACAGAGGCAGAUGUCUCAACUGGCACUUCAUUAGCUCUAGUACCUUCCAAUGAAGUGGAAGGUUCAAAUCCCAAGGAGCAGGUACACCGUGCUCUGGAUGAUGUUAAUAUGUUAGAUGAUAAAGUUGGAAAUGGAAUAGGUGAUCGGGAUCGCAGCUAUCGCUCCAUUUCUACUACAUCUGAUUUUGAAAAUUUGCAAAUCGCAGGCACACCGGAUAUCGGAGAGCUAACUAUUGAAGUCGCAGAGCCUCUUGUAGAUUUAGCAUCUUCUGAUGCGAUUGUAUCAUAUCAAGAUGUAGAUGAUACUAUGUUUUUAGAUGAGACAAAGGGACGUGAUGCUAUAGCAAACCCUAAGGAUGCAUCAGGAGAUGGGAGGAACAUCCUAGUUGAUGGUCAGAAAAUUUACGACAUAAUAGCAAACUGGAGUCUCCCGUUGGACUUCAAAUCGCAAUUUUGGGAUGCUCAAGAAACAGUGGAUGGGUCUUCCAUGGAUAUAUAUUUGGAAAAAUUAGCAAAGAUGCAGAUACUGCCGGAGCUUGGCUAUUUUAAACGAGAGUUGGAGGGUAUCAAUACAAAGAUUUACAGACUAAAGAACCCAAAUGCACUGGUAGAUGAAGUUGAUGCACCACUAGAGAUCGCAGAUGCUCCUCUUUCCGGUUCUGCAUCUGUUUGUGAUGCUUUAGAUGGACGUAGCUCCAGUGAUUAUACGGGUGAUGUAGAUUAUGAAAUGGAUAACGCUGACUGUAUGGACGGCGGACUAGAUGGCUAUGACUAUCUUGAUGAUGCAAAUAGCCAAGAAUUUUACACAGAGAAUCAAAAGGUUUCACUAAUGGACCGUUUGGAUGCAAUAGAUAUUGAGGGGGCAACGAAGUUUUCCUUUUAUAAAAAGGCCACUGAAUCAUACUCGUUGUACAGAAAAACUGUAAAACCGUAUUUCAUAAAGAAGGAAAUUGGUUCCCCGCAAGCAAAUUCCCCUAAAAGUCCAGAGUGCAAAGUUGCAGUUAAAUCAGAAAUGAGUCUUAACGAAUCAAUCAUGACUUAUCUAGGCAGGGCACUUGUUGAUGAAUUGGAUACUAUAGAACUUUCACUUCCCUCCAAAGUGGCAAAGAAACAAGAGGAUGUUCCCGACUUUACUACGUCUGUAUACAAGUUUGACAAUCGUUUCUUUACAACCCUUAAUGUUUGCGAAAAUAGACUAGUAAAGUUAUCAAACGAUAACCAAUGGCUCUUUGAUGAGGAGAGGGAUAACCCAGUCAUACAGAUUAUAUAUACUGGACCAGAAAUUUCCACAUACAAGAGUAUAGAGAGUGAUUUUGGUGGGAGUUGCUAUGACGAGUACAUGGACUGUAUAGAAGGAGAUGUUAUGGAGGAAACGCCAAUGGACGUUGGAGGGGCACCGGGAGAAUCAAAUGUCUCUGGAUAUAUCGAUAUUUUAAAGAUUAAGAAAACACUUUCAGAAAUUAUACACAACCAAGCAAGUGAUAACACCAUAGACUUUGAAAAGGCGGUCAAAGCAAUACUAGAGAGACUCUCGCAGGAGGAAAAGGACGUUUUGAGCCCACAUGUUCUCUUUGUGUGCUUAUUGCAUGUUUGCAAUGAACAGAAUCUAUUUUUGCAGCAACCGGAACCGCUACAUGAUUUUCAGAUUCUGCUCAAUGCUUCCACCGAACAACACGCAAAGUGUGCAUAA